AUUUUGACGCAUGUUAUUUAGAAUCUGUAGUUACCAAUUGCCUUUUAUUUGGAGGGCCUUUUUGAUGCGUUUAAGCAUAAUACUUUCUUUAUGUUUUUAUAUUAAUAUGUUGUUGUUUUGUUAUACAAAACAUUUGAUAUUGGCGAUCACAUCUCGCCUACAUUGAUUGUUUGUCGUGAUUGGAUAUAGUAUAAUAAUUAGCAUAGUAAUC